UUCAGAGUUUCCGAUCAACAUUGCCAUGGACAAGUCUAAUGAAGCCGGUCGUUGUGAUGUUCCAGCGAUGUCAAUUGAGGAGAUGCUUCCACAGUGCGUUGAUAUGUACGUGGACUUUCCCGAUGGCCAACGGAUGCCUGUGGAUGAGUUUGUCAAGCAGUAUGCGCCUGGACCCUCGUUCUAUAAUCGACUUUGCAACAUGGUGGCUGAAACCGAAUUAAUGAGAGAGUACAACGACGAGGAGCGCAGAAAAUACGAAGAGAAUGAGCACAAGUCGAGAAUGCAGAAGAAGGAGCGAAAGGAGCUUCUGGAACAGCUGCUCGCUGCCGGUUCAACCGAUACUGAGCUGAUCAAAGAUACGAAGAAGCGUCUGGAGACGAUCACAAAGGAGCAGGAGGAAGAGGAGUUCGACCCAUCCGUCCCAGGACCAUCAACCUUGUGAAUCGGUCACAAAAGCCGCUUGCCAAGUCUCUGAAGCAUUUUUAGUUAUAUUCUCGCCUAUUUUAGUAGCUUAAACAUUCAUUUCUCGUUUCAUUGAAAGUAGAACUAUUGAUUAAAACUUGCUCAUCACAUUCCCCCCAUUCAACCAUCUCACAUAUUUGCCUUUUUCUUUCUCGUAUUAUGCUUUAUUGGUGUAUUUACAUUAUCUCUCAGGAUCUUCUAGGAGUUGAUUUCUAUAUUACAAGUUCGGUUAAUACUUUUGAGUGUUUUAAGUAUAAUUUUUGUCAUGACAUCAUCAUUCCUUUCAUUAUCUCUACCUUUAAAUUUUAUAUUGUUAAGUUUACCUAUCCAGUGAUGUUCUCUCAAAUGUUUCGGUUAUUUUUUAUAAUUAAAAAGUCAUAAAAUAAAUAGCUGCAGUUUU